GGCUCAUAGCGCAGCUGGAAGGGGAGGGUGUAGCUGUGCAGUCCCGCCCCCUGCCGCCUCUGGGAAGGACAGUGCUUGCCACUGUUAGUCUGGCCCUUCCAGCCAGUCCGCAGGGAGCGGUCCUUUGCGAUGGACGCGGUGUCAGCCACUGGGCUCGGGGUCACCGUGUCCCGGGGCUUUGCCAAGCUGCUGCAGCCUCUGCAGCUGGUUGCUACCUUGCCUGAGCAUGUUCAGCCCCAGCCUGACUUUUAUGGGCUCCCCUGGAAGCCUGUGUCGUUUACUGCCUGUUUGGGAAUCGUUUCAUUGGCCAUUUUCUUCUGGAGGACGGUCCUUGCUGUCAAGGAGAGAACAUACCAAGUCACUGAACAGCAGAUUGCUGAGAAGGUGAAGAAUACCACAAAGGACAAUGCAGAACUUGUCCAAAAAGUGUCAAGUUAUAAACAGAAGAUCGCAGAAUCAAAGAAGCUUAUUCCAGAGACCAAGGAAAAAAAAUCUCAUCAAACAAUUAAAUACAAGGCUGAAAUCGAGGUAGUUAAAGAAAUAAAUUUCUGACGGGUAUUGCCAAAACUCUUGGUGUUAUAUUCAAAUCUGAGAGGAAAUGAAACGUGCAAAAUCAGGAUUUGGCUCAUGGAGAUGACCGAGAAGCUGGCUAUGCGCCAAGAGGAGCCUGAUAUCCUCAAGCAGAUGCUGGACCGGCCAGGAGUGCAGAAUGCGCUGCGCAGAGAUCCCGGCCCCGGGCCUGUGGCCUACAGCGACUCCCGCGGCUCCUCCCUGGCAAAGGGCAUGGACGACGGCAAGGUGAGCAUGGCUGCGAAAGGGCCCCCAGCCUAUCCAGGGCCCCCGUUCCUGGGACGCCCCAUGCCGCGCCCGGUGGUCUAUGGGCCUCCGCCACAACCAAGGCUCUGUGGGACUUUCAGGCCUCGGCCGAUGCCUCCGCCGCGACCGCUGACAUUCGUCUCAUGCAUGGGCCCACCACUGGGCUUAAGGGAAUACACGCCCGGCAUCCUGCCCAGACGCUGCGACCUGCCGCUGCACCCCCGUGUUCUUUCAUGCAAGAAGCUGUUCAGUGAGAUUCGAGAAGUCCUCACAGGAACCUUUAAUAAGGUGCUGUUUUGGGGUUGUUUUGGGUACCGGGGACAGGGCCUUCACAGUGAACUACAUUCUCAGCCUUCCCAUUAAUUCUGGAGACAGGCUCUUGGUAAGUGACCAAGUUGCCCAGGCUGGGCUUAAACUUGCACUUCUCCUGCCUCAGCCUCCCUCUCCACCAGGGCUGCAGGAAUACACGCACCACUAUGCCUGAUCUUGCCUCGACGUUUCUACCAUCUUACUGUAUUUCUUGCCCUGUGUGUUUCUACAGCACAGUUUAUCAACACCUCACGGUCCGUUUCCACUUUUCCCACUUCACAUUAAAUUGUGAACACCUUCUUUGCCCCCUGCCUUUGAAAUACACACAGCAGCCUAAUUAUUCUGAUCUGUGGAUAUAAUAAGAUGAAACAUAAUAUUGCCUAAUAUAGAUCAUUUAGGGUUUUUUUUGCCAAGUUAUUACUCUAUUAAAUACUAUUUCAUCGAACACCUUUGUAUAAAAUCUUAGCAUGUAAUUUAUUUCUUUAAGAUCGUGUACUGAUAUUUCAUACCAUAUGAAAACAAUUUAUAUUUCUUAUCCUGUUUUAUAUCCCAUUUUAAAGGCUUGUGUUAUAUAGAAUUAUUAAAUGGCUUUUCAGGAUGGCUGUAUGAGUCCCCAACUCUACUAACAAGUGGAUAUGCUUAGCUUGCUCUUAAG